CUGGCGCUGAAGACUGAGAGAGAGAAGAAGAGGGCGAUGUACUUCCCGAUGAGGAAAUAUGCCGUGAAGGCCUAGGCCGAUACCAGUUUUGGUUUUCUUGGUGGAAUCGGGGAUGUAGACUUUGACUAAAUGAAGGAUUAAGAGCUAUCUUCUUCUUUUAUGUACGCAUGCUCGGCGAUUGUUUUCAUGUUUGUCGUUUUGGGGCCUGCAGCCGGCGCGGAAGAUUAGGAGGGGGAAGACGAGGGCGGUGUACUCUUCCUAGUGCGAAAAUAUGCUCUGUGAAGGCGCAAGUCGGUAGCAGUGUUGGGGUUCUGGGUUGUACCGGUGAAGUUGGGGGCUCUUAGAGUUUGAUUGAUUUUAAGAAAUUCAGACCUUCUAUUGUCUUGUACAUGCUUGCUCGGCGUUUGACCUCGAUAGACAGGAAAUUAUGCCAUGUUGCCCACUUUUUUGAGGUAUCAUUUGUGUUGCCCACUUUGUUGAGAUAUCAUUUGUGAAGAUUUCUCUUUAAUUGUCACUAAAGUUUUGGGCCAACUUCGAUUUCUCUUGGAUUAUUGCCAAAUGGAAAAUGCUCUGCUUGGUCGUAGUCAAAGAAUCGAAGAGCAUUUUCGCUUUCGGCAAUAAUUGAAAGAGGAAUGGUGGCCCGUAAUUCUGUAGUCGUGUUCAAGCUCUUGUGAUC